AGUAACGAAACUCGCUUCGCGCAUACAUUUCGUGUGAAUGCUCAUCGCGAAACAAACGCGUACUGAAGAAUUUUAAUUAAAUAUCAAAAUGAAUUUUAAAAUAAUCGUGACGUGGCUCGUUGUUUUUCAAGCGAACGAAAUCAGCUGCGACUGUGACAGUUAUGUUGAAUGUCUUAGUGGUUUCUUCGAGGACUUCUUCUUUGGAGACCCAGAGGAGACGGAAGUGAGAGCGCAAACGUUUAGAACUAACAAUACGGAAAUCAAAAAUAUAAAUUUCAGUGAUCUAGAUGCUGUGCUGAAAGAUAUAACAGAAUUUUUGAGUGAAGAAGUUCAAAGUCAGCCGCAGAAUGAAUCAGAUGACGUUUUCAAAACAGUCAAAGCCGAAACGAAAAUUUACAUUAAGGCAUUCGAUUUUGGUGCCAACGGUGAAAACGCUGAUGGAGCCGAAAGAAAGAAUGAAAACUUCGAAGUUGUAUCUAAAAUACCUGACCGAAAUACUAAAGUCCCUAUAAAUGAUGGAACAGCCAUAAAUGCAAAGUCGAAGAAUAGUGAUAUUAUCGAGAAAGGAUCAAAACACGUCGGUCAAAAUGAGAUAUUCAAUGAUGAGCUUUACAUGACAUAUUAUGAUGAUAUAGACGACAAUUCUACAGAUUAUCCGGCUAUCGACUACGCCGAAAUAUACAAAGAUGUUACUGUUGAAGAACAUGUAUACAUUCCCACACAAGAGCCUUCUAUUGAUGACUUCGACGGGAAUGCUACAAAAAGUGAAAAUGAUAAUCUCAUUGAAAAUUCUCCGGAUAAGUCACGUUCGAAAUCAGACGAGGAAAGCGCUGACUUAAAUGUAGUUUCCGCAUGGAUCGUCACUGUGUUUGUGAAAAAUACGACCGCGAAUGGCCAGUUCGACUAUGUGUGCGACGGAGCUCUGAUAUCGAACCAACAUGUGCUGACCGGUGCAAGAUGUACAGUCCACGCAAACGCCACGUUCAAGCCUGAUGAUGUUAUAGUUAUCGUCGGGAAGAAGUCUUUGCAAGGGUCUGGCGGGAAUGAAAAGGCUGUCAGGGUCACCGAAAUACACAGACAGGAUAAUUUCACAAUCGUAAAUGGUAAAGUUUUAAAUGAGUUAGCGGUGCUCAAACUCGAUGAGAUUGUCUAUGUUAAUGACGAUGUUCAAAUCGCGAAUAUAAGUACAGGUGAACUUGGCGAUUCCGACAAAUCUUUAACAACUGCAUGGGCCUUUUCGGGUGAACUAAAGUCUGUUUACUUCGAGAAAGUAGAAAAUGGAUCGUGCGCUGACGGCGACUUAGAGAAUGUCUUGUGUGCUACUUAUGGAAACGAGGUGGCUCUUUGUCCCAGUUACGGAGGGCUCUACGCUGUCAAGGUUGAGAACGCCUGGUUUCUUCGUGGCAUCCGAUCAGGAGAUCCAGCAGAGAGGGGAAUUUGCUUCAUCAAACGGAUCGAUUAUACAACCUUGGAUAAUUAUUUGGAUUGGAUCAACCAAUUUUUGGAGAAAUAAAUUAGUUAAUUAACA